AUGAAGCAGCAGAAGACACCAAUCUCAUACAUCGCCACACAAUUGGAUCGCAGCGUGUCGAGCGUCAAAGCCGAAAUUAAUCAAGGGCCAAGGCUUGGUCGCACGCGGAAAGGGAAAGAAUGGACUGUGGCUGAACUCGAAAAACUUGUGGAAUUGAAGCAGCAGGAUAUGCCGAUCAAGACUAUUGCACGUGAACUGGACAGGUCGGUCCGCAGCGUCUACUACAGGAUUGGCAGUCCGCAGUUUCAUAAUCCUUCUUUCCAAAUAACAUGGACCCCGAAGCCUUGGACUCGGCAUGACAUGGGUGUUUUGGCAGAACACAUUUCGCUAAAAACCCCUACUCAUCAAAUUGCUUUCGACAUGGGCCGGACGCUGACAAGUGUUGAGAGACGCAUGCGGGAUUUUGCCGGCGAUAAGGUUCCUAAAGGGCACGGCGGCAUUCCCUUUUCCAAGCAGGAGGACGAGAAGCUACUACAGCUUGGCGCCUCGCGCAACACGUGGAAGGCCGUUGCACAGCAGAUGCCAGGGCGUCGUCCUGAUUCUCUGUGCAGGCGUUACUGGAGACUGAAGUGGAUGGCAGACUGCCCCAAUACGCCUAGGGACUAUGUAAAAGAGUACUGGACCGAGGAGGAGGACGCCAUGACUAGAAAACUUGCCACUGAAGGACUUUCGAACAGGGAGAUUGGCCGCGCAUUGAACAGAACGCCCCGCGCGGUGAGGGAACGGAGAGCAAAAAUGGAUCCCGACUUUCAGCGCACGGUCUUUCCGUGGACUCCUGAAGAGACUGAAAUUGUUACAACUUUGCGAUCCCAGAAAACGCAAUGGAAAGUGGUUGCUAUGUCGUUGGGAUCACAUCGAACUUGGCGGGCCGCGCAAAAAUACUACCAUAAUGUCAUAAAGAAGGGACAUUUUCGUCCACUCACCGAUCAGAAGACUGUGGUAAGCUCGACCAAGUCUCCCUGUCCUCCUCCAUCCCGCCAUUCGYCAACCGUUACUUUGACUUCCAUCAGCGGCAAGCGGGGCUAUGCCACCAAAAGAGCUCCACGUGCGACGAGCACACGAAAAGUUUGGACCCUGGAGGAUGUGGAGACUCUGGCGCGUAUGAAGAUGGAUGGAAGAUCCGGAGCGGAAAUCGCUCAACACCUUGGCCGGACGGUCAAUAGCGUGUGGGCGGCAGUAGGCAGAAUCUCAGGUGGCACCCAGAGUUUCCACCGACGUCGCUUUCUCCCCGCAGACGACGRGAAGCUCGAGAGACUGCGUGACUCGGGCACGCCGUGGAGGACAAUCACGUCCCAGUUCGUAGGCCACUCGAUCUCGGCAUUGCAGCACCGCUACGCGAGGCUGAAGCAAGGCAACGGCACGAGCCAUGAAGUUCUCUGCAUGUCGUGGACAAGGGAAGACGAUGAUCAAUUACACGAGUACAGGCGCCAAGGCCUCAAACCCAAAGACAUUGCUACAGCCAUGAACCGAACGCCGGCGGCAGUUGCUCGGAGACAUCCUCGGAUGAGAACAAGACAACGACCGGCACAGCCGCGGUCGCGGUGGUCGACUGCUGACAGUCAUACACUUUAUCGCAUGAAGGCUGAUGGCGUGCCCGUGGGGAAAAUUGUGGGAAUGCUCGAGGCACCACGCAGUGUUCGCGCUGUCCAUUCCCAGUGGCUUCGCAUUCGUGAUCAGGUCGAAUGA